CGAGAUGUUAGUUCACAGAUUUAAUUUAGUGAUAGCUAGUUCUUCGUUGGAAUAUUAAGUGCUGGCGGUGUGUUCCGAUCAAGGACGUUUGUUGUUGGGACGAGAAGUAGGAGAUUCCAGUCUUGUGUAUGUUGUCAGACAAUGGAUGGUUGUCUAGAACGUGUACCGUUUGUUUCUCUAAUUGGAUUCAUUUUGGUCGUGUGUGGUUCGGGGAUCAUGUGUGGGACGAACUUCGAAGCUCUGAAACGUAUAGACGACUUUUUCGAAAACAGGUUUUACCCAGUCGACGAACCGAAAAUGUUUCAAACAUUGGGAAUAAUUGUGUGUGUUUUAACCAUGAUCUUUGGCAUCAUAAAUGUUAUCGUAGGAGCAGUCACAACGGGUGACACACGCUCAAAAUUCUAUCCCAACAAACAUGGCAUUUUAUGCGGUCGUCGUUCUUCACGAUUUUUGUUGGGGUUGGCCUACUUGGUUACAUUCAUUUGGCUUCUUAUUUUUGUCACUUUGUCUAUACCGGUCUUUCUUUGGGUAAUGGUACAUAUUGUAUGUAGAGAAGAAACAGAUUAUUGGCGUAGUAUUAGUACGAAUAAAGAUGAAAGAGAUUUCACGUAUACAUUUAAUCUCACACAUUAUGGCCUUUAUCGUAGACCACUAGAUACUAGUCUAUGGAGUGAAUACGUAAAUUCGCCCAGCGCAUUUACACAUUUAUGUCAACAGACCUCCACUAUUGGACCAUUAUUUGCAAGCGCUUUAAUUGCUUGUUUCUUGGUGAUUCUUGGUUUGGACACUUUCAUUGCCUGCCUAUCUACGGCUUCUGUGAGACUGCAGUAUUUCUAUGAAAUUGAUCGUUAUCGAAAAUUAGUCAACUCGUCACCUCAAACAGAUCCCACUUGCUUAGAAGAAUAUUCUCUCCAACCUUUGCUACAACAACCUCUGUCUGUGCAGUCUGCUGGUUCGUGUAUCAAAGCAAAUACUUUACACUUCCCUCACGAUAAUUUGAAUACUAUAUCGCCUUUCAUGAAUUCCACACCAACAGGCAUAGGUCUCAUUUCUAGUCCUAACAUCUUCAAUGAGACACAGAUGUCUCAGCAAUUUUACUCUCAUAGACCCAUAAGACACUCUACUUACUCACAUCAACCAACUAUUCUGAGUAACAAUUAUUAAUUGAGAAAUUGCAUUUGUAAACCACCUCGUUUCACGCUUUUAUUUCGAAGCAUUAAUAUAAUCAAAAGCUUUUCGUUUAAUGCCAACUUGUCAAGUAUUCACAACUAUCCGGUCUAUUUAAUGCUUUGUUUAUUCAUAUAAUAUAUUCUCAGAAUUCCACUUUUAUAAUCCUCAGGUUUGAGUUGCAUUCCAUAUAUAUUUGUCCGUUUUAUCUUAUUUGUUUUAUAAGCUUUGUAUAUACUUAUUUAUAUUAGAUAGCUCAAUGUUCUUUUGUUAUUUUUGCUUGAAAAACACUUUUUUAAAAACUCAUUUCCCUUUGGGACGAAUCAUGAAACCUAUGUAACAUUUCUAAUCUCAUUAAAACAACCAGCAAUAUAUUCUCAUCUUGAGGUACAUCUUUUCUCCCGUGCACCUUUUUUAUUAGUCACCUACAAAACCACCACCAUGAACUGUUAUUUCAUCAAUACCAAAUAUGUUGAUUUACAAUAAACAUUCAUUUAUCGUCAAUUGUUGAAAUUUUGUUACCUAAAGUGGUUACUUCAAUGUUAUUAAUCAAUAGCUUAACCUAAUAGAGUUAGUACCAUCUUAUGGAUCAACUAUAGAACAGGACAAUAAACAGGAGAAAUGUAUAUUUAUUGCGAAAGUUACGAAGCAAUUACAUGGUGUGUAUAGAUAGCAUUCAAUCGUCCAUUUGCACCUUCCAGUGUGUUCUGCAAUCUGAACUGUCCUCUCGACUAACCUUCAAAACGUCAUACUUUCGAUGCACCGAAACUCUUCACUGCCUGACGGUUGUGAAUUCGACGCUACGUUCCGAUACACCUUAUUCGCAAACAUCCUUGAGAGUAGCAUCCACUACACAACUAAAAUUACGUAUACCUAUUAAAAGAGUAAUUUAACACCGUAUUGGUUUUUGGGAUAUUAAAUACAAUAAAGACUUAUCGUGAGAACGGCUUAGUUUUGUCGCGCACUUGAACUACAGCUACGAAUGACGCUGUCAAACUAAGUAUUAAGAUUAGUUGGGUAGUGUAACGACCAGGAGCAAAUGCCGUUGUAAGGUAAAUAAUGUGCUUUUGGUAAGGUGCAAGAGCAAAGCUUUACAUAAACCGAACUAGCAUGUAGUGAUGUAUUUUCUCUGGGCAAACAGUAUUCCCACGUCUUCUAUGUGGGAGAAAUAAGUGGAUAUUUUCUUCCAUGAAUACAUUUUAUUUUAUCUUCUGUGCAUCGUACUAUAGCUCUACAACGAAACGAUCGCUAAUUUUCCUUGGACAUUGUAGUCACUCAUCACUGCUUUGUUUUAUUUCAGGUGUUUCCGUGAUUUACACAGAAUGGGUCACUUUUCAAAAUAAUUUCGACCAUACGGUCUCCCUCUCGCCUAUCACCAGUCACCCUCGUUUCUUCAGUACCUCUUGUUAUUUACGCCACACACUAGGUUAUCCGCGAUGCUCUGCUUUAUAAUCGUUAUCAUCAAGUUCAGCGCAGGAAGUUGAAUUCCCAGUUGUACACGUGCAUUGUUUUGGGAAAUGCUGUGCAUGGAUGAGUAUUAACCUUCAUGUAAUUCAUACUAUAACACCAAAUUGAAGGUGGCGUGGUAUUUCGUGGUCACCAAGAUUCUGCGCUCUAUCAUGAAUAGGCUUAAGGGUGUGCAUUGGUGGGCAGCUCAGGGUUUAGAAAUCAACUGUCAGGUGGUUUUCAGUCUCCAACAAGUCCCGGUGUUAGAUAAAGUUUUUAAAAAUACCAACUAAUUAUUUGGCAUAGGAUAGUUGCGCCAAGUAUAAAACCUUAUGAUCGAAAUCAAAAGUUGCUAUUCAAGCAGGCUUUUAGAAAUGUAAGCUGAACUGUCAUCCAUGUGGAGCUUAUAUUUAUUGAGUAAAAGAUUAUAUCAAAUCGAUAGACAGUAAUGAUAACACUUGACUGUACAUCGAGAAUAGUUACAAUAAUCCGCAUAAUAUAAGACUAUUGCGAAAAUGCACCUGCUACGUUAGCAUGGGGAGUAGGGCAUCCUAAAGAGAAGCUAUAAAUUCACAGUCGUGUGCGAAUAUUUCGGGAAAGAAAAUAAGCUCUCCCACUCUCUGUCAUUUCAAGUCGAUUAAGAGCGAUUACUUUUUCUGGUGACUGCGGUAAAGAGCAUAUCAUUCUAAAUUUCUCCAACCUGAAAUAAAAACAAUAUCAGUUUAUUAAUACUGGCACAUAAUUCCAAGUGAAACCCAGUAUAUUUCUAACAGUGUUUCAUAAACAAACAUAAUUCCAUUUUUAAUGAAUGUUUUAAUAGAAAAAAAUGUAUCUUUUUCGCAUGAUAAAUAUUACAGGUCAUCAUAAGUUUAUCCAUCAGUAAAUCUGACAGCUAUGUAUCCAAUAAUUUAAAUAACAGAAAGCGAAUCAAAACACAACUAGGAGUGCAAAUACACAAUACACUAAGGCGCAUGGAUACGCCACAAGAAUGCGUUGGUGUUGCAUAUCCAAACUACGAACAAACAAUUUACUGGAAGCAAUUGUGCACCACGAAACGACAGUCGCUGUCAACACGACACCUAGUACACUUCUGGGAUAAAAGUUAAAUGAGAGUUGUACAUCAUUUUAUGUAUGACAAAAUAUAGAAAAAAAUUAUGUACAGGUAAAUUCGAAAAAGGGAGGUUACCGUUAUUAAAAUCUAAAUUGUAUAUCUAAUAUUUUUGAACUCAGAAACAACAAGAAUGGAUGUGGUAACCAAAAACAAUUGAUUGACGGGAUUGUGACAAAUUUACAAAUACCUAUUAACUCCAAUGUCAAUUCACAUGAAGGUGAAUAAGAGCCCAUGUAACGAGUAGGUGCAUAAUAAUCCAGAAGAAACUACGGUGAAUAACCUUACCACUGACGUAUAUAAUUUGAACUGUAAGGGGUGACUGGAGGUAGUCGACAGGAAACCCAAAACCUGUUUCGUGCUAUUUGACACUUACCAACAAGGUGUAAUCUUUUUGGAACAGAUGCUCCCUGGCAGACUUGAUUCCGUGUCACCCAGCUUUACAGUUGGUGUUAUCACUAAGCUAUCCGGGGCGCAACUGAUCUGUAGGACUCAGAUGUAUUUACAACUGAUUGAUCACUGAGUAGUAACCAAUCGCAAAGUCCUUAGUAUUAACUGAACUCUGUCGAUCCAGUUGCAGUGUGAUCACUUGUCGAAGUGACUUGAUAUUGUUUACAUUAUGCUGAGGUGCCAAAUGGUAUGAAACCUAGAUAUAUGGUUUCCUGUCGACUACUCCCAAUCACCACCUUACUUCCCAAUAUGCUGCGCGCAAUGUCGAGCCACUUAGACUAGUGACCACACUGUAUGAUUCAAUCAGCACUAAAAAGGACUAGACAUACAUGACAUUCAUUGAUCAACCAAUUGUAAAUCAGACAUUUUAGGUAUUACAUAAAUAUAUAAGAGAAGACGAAUAUGAUGUGUUUUUGUUGUGGACAGGGAAUGUAUGUAAAUCCUCCAUAUGAUGAUGAUGUCCCCAACAACAUAUUUAUUUAUUUAUUUGAACACAUAAAUAUUGGUACAAGAGGGCACCAAAUAUAGAUGCACCACUCACGCCACCACCAGCACUUAUGCAGCUACCCAGAUACACGAACUUCUCGACUACUUCUAUCUGCUCACCAUCCAGGGUGAGUACAGGGUUAGAAUCCUACCAGUCUUGUAGAAAUACUUUGCACUUUGAAGGUGCAAAGCAAAUACCGUACCUACGGACACUGAUUGCCAACUGAUUAAGCGCGAAUUGCAUGUCUUGGGCAUUAUCGCACAGUAAGACAAUAUCAUCCGCAUACUCAAGGUCGAGAAGUCUUUCUCCAGGCAACAGAUCCACACCACCAUUACUUACAUCCAUCAGAGCUGUUUCUAGGAUGUCGUCGAUGGCAAAGUUGAAGGGGAAUGGUGAGAUUGGGCAACCCCGCCUAACCCCACUGUUCGAAUGGAACAAUGGAGAAAGGUGGUUGUAUCCCCUCACUCUGCCUGAGGUGUUUGUAUAUAGGGCUUUUAGGAUGUUAAUAAACUUCUCAGGCACACCCUUCUUCAAUAGACAAUCCCAGAGAACAGUCCUAUCCAACGAAUCGAAGGCAGCCCUGAUGUCAAGAAACACUACGAUUGUUGGCCUUUGAUAAGUAUGGCGGUGUUCUAACAUUUGGCGGAGGGUGAGGAUAUGAUCAAUACAUCCUCGACCAGAACGAAACCCAGCCUGCUCCUCGAGAGUCAAUCUUUCUCGGGUUUUGAACAACCUACGAAGUAUGACGGAAGCCAAUAGCUUGGACGCAAUCGGAAGUAGACUUAUCCCCCGAUAGUUGUUACAGGAACGACGUGAACCCUUUUUAAAGAUAGGGACAACUAUCGACUCAUUCCAUGACGUUGAUACACUCUCUAGCUCCCACACCUUUGUAAACAACGUCGUCAGUUCCUUAGUCAGAAUGUCACCACCAUCUUUAAAAAGAGCCGGAGGUAAGUCAUCUGGGCCAGGUGAUUUGUAGCGCUUCAAGAGUUGGAGUUCCUUGCGGACUUCCGCUUCAUUUGGUGGAUAAGUCGUCACCUGCC